AUGUCUGGCGGUUUUCCGUCCUACGGUAUUACGUCUAAUUUUCCCUACGACUCAUUUUAUUUACUCCCAGUAUCUACUUGAAGCCAACAGCUUGGCUUUCUCAGACUUGAAGAAUAAAACUGCGUAGUUAAACAUAUUUUUGUUCAGUUCAACAUUCAACAAUCUUGACUAGUGGCACGUAGCCCUCCCGGGACUAUAGCCAAGAAGGAAUAAAAAAAAAAAAUUAUUGUUAUUUCAUAACGAUAAUAAUUAUGGACAAUAAAGAAGAGCAAAUGUCAGUUAACGAUGAUGGGUCUCCUAAUUUACAAGGAGUUAAUCGUCCUCAGGGUCUUGAUGGUAUUAUUCAGAUGCCAAUUCAGCAACAACAGCAAACUCAUAUGAUAAAUCAAGCACGAGGUCUGAGGUCUCGUCCACAUCAACAAUUCGAUCAUGGAGAAAUUGCAGGUCUUGGUCGAAGUGGUCCAAGAACGCAAGCACCACCAAACAUGCAAAGUAUUCCAAACAUGGGUCAAAUGGGUGUUUCAAGUCUUUAUAGAUGUGUAUUGCCUGGCUAUCCUAUCCAAGGCUUAAGCGGUCCAAUUGGUGUUGGUAAUGCCAUGAGCGGUCACAACGAAAUAACCCAGCAGCUUCAACAGCUUACUCUAAGUUCUGCUCUACUACUGUCUGGGGCCCGAACAGAUGGCCAACCGGAUCUUCAACGAGCAACUCAGGAACCAGUAGCUGGUGGAAGUACGCAAUCAAAUGACCAUAAUCUAAUCCAGCAGCAGCUCGUAAUUCUACUCCAUGCCCACAAAUGCCAGUUACGAGAGCGACAGGCCAAUGGUGAAACACGGAUGUGUUCUCUGCCACACUGCAAAACUAUGAAAAAUGCUUUGACUCACAUGACGACCUGCGAAGAAGGCACAGAAUGUAAGAUACCACAUUGCAGUUCAUCCAGACAAAUUAUUACUCAUUGGAAUCAGUGUCAAAAAAGCGACUGUACUCUUUGCUUACCUAUCAAACAAGCGCUUAAAAACAAGUCUCCUAUUUCUCUUGCUGCAAAUCAACCUCUAGGCACUAUGGGUAUAACACAGGGUCAAAACAAUACAGCUGGUAUUUUAUCAAAUGAGGCAGUGGGCCAUGAUGUCAGAAUGCCUGGACCGAGUACGCAAGGUCAUCCUGGUUCAAUGGCUGCAGGAAUAAGACUUGCACAGUCUCAAGCUGAACAAAGUCCAGGCCAAUCCGUAGGUAUUCAAGGACAAUCAAUCGCACCUAAUGUACCUCUUCCAUCAAGUUCCGAUCCAACGACUGUAGUCGUAAGUACUAAUCAACCAGCUUCAACGACGGGUCCAACGUCGGUUGUAUGCAGUAUGCAUCAAUUAUUUGGUCUCAAUGACUCAGGUCAGCCUGCUAUAUUAGGUGAAAAUCGUUUGCCAAAUUUACAACUGCCAGGUGGUCUUCAACCAGGACAAGUAACAGCUACACCAGUUCAAGGAACUAAAGAAUGGCAUCAAUCUGUGACGCCAGAUUUCAGAAAUUUUCUCGUUCAUAUAUUCGUUCAAGCAAUAUUUCCAUGUCCUAAUCCACAAGUAACGUUCGAUGAAAGAUUAAAUAAUUUAGUGGCGUAUGCGAGAAAAGUUGAAGCUGACAUGUAUGAAAUGGCUAACUCAAGUUCUGAAUAUUAUAAUUUAUUGGGGAAAAAAAUACGUAAAAUUCAAAAAGAACUUGAAGAGAAACGUAAAAAACGUUAAGAAAUGCAACUUGCGGUAAAUUCUAGAUUAUAAGCUAUUGCACCUCCACAAGUUGUUCCAGCUGCUGUACCUACUCACAGAGUAGCGCUUCUUACUUUGAGAAGUCUUUCACUGGGAAUGGGUCAAGUACGUACCAUUUAAGGAUUAGCAAUGCAACCUAAUCUUAUGCUAUUUCCUCAACAACAACAACAGCAGCAGCCACAGCAACAACAACAACAACUUGGUUCACCAAUAGCAAAUGUCGUUCCAACGAUUCCUCAAACUCCAUCACCCUUUAAUCGUUUACUACAGCAAAUUUAUCAACAACAAUUAAUCGAUGACAUACCCUAAUUAGAUACUAGGUUUUUAUAUUACCAAUUACUUGUAGUAGCACUAGUGUGAUUUGAGAAUUAAAUAAAAAAAUAAAUCUGACAAA